ACUCAACGACGAUCCCUACAAAUACCACUACCAUUCAGAACGCAGCACUACAAGAUCAUCGACCAGACAAAAAUCCUUCGAUUGGAAUUUAAAGCGCCAUCACCGCCUGAAGCCGAUAGAAGCCUAGGUGUUGGAGAAAGCGAUCGACCAUGGUGCUGGGCUUGGGAGGAGGAUGCUGCGGUGGUGUUGCCGUCGCCGCGGUGUCGCCAGCAGCUGGGAAGCAAUCAGGAGGAGGAGAAGGUCCAGAAGCCAAGCGGCAGCAGCGGCGGGUGGUAAGAGAGGCGGAGAGGAUGGGAGGUGAUCCGGGGGAGGUUGCAGCAGCAGGGAGGAAGGAGAGCAAGAAGAGGGAUCCUCCCAUGGUGAUGCACCAGUUCCCCUUCCACUCUCGCCCUGGCUUGCUCUGAAUUCGUUGAUUCUUCAUUCUGAGGAGAGAUAGCAGUGGUUCAACUGAUGUACUCCUGAAUCCAGAAUCCUGAUUGUCUCUUCAUCAUGCCUUUGGAUCAAGUGUAAUUCUUUAGUUCAUUGUGUAUUCUGUCACCCGGUGAUAUAUUUAAAAAGUUAUUUCGAGGAGAGCAUCAGUUCCUCUUCCUCCCUCGCCCAA